AUAAAUAAACAAAUUCAUAUAACCCACAAAGAAAAGAAAAAGAAAGGAAAAAGAAUCGAUUUUGAAUGGAGGAAGGAUACACCAGAAGCAGUAAGUUCAAGAGGGUAUGUGUCUUCUGCGGCAGCAACUCCGGCAACCGUCAAGUUUUCAGUGACGCCGCCAUUCAAUUGGCUGAUGAACUGGUUAAGAGGAACAUAGAUUUGGUGUAUGGUGGAGGAAGUGUUGGACUGAUGGGUUUAAUAUCUCAGAAAAUGUAUAAUGGCGGCUGCCAUGUUCUCGGGGUUAUUCCAAAAGCUCUCAUGCCUCAUGAGAUAUCUGGUGAAGCAGUAGGUGAAGUAAAGAUUGUUUCAGAUAUGCAUGAGAGAAAAGCUGCAAUGGCUCAAGAAGCUGAUGCAUUUAUUGCACUCCCUGGAGGAUAUGGAACUAUGGAAGAGCUUCUGGAGAUGAUAACUUGGGCUCAACUUGGAAUUCAUAAAAAACCGGUUGGCCUACUGAAUGUUGAUGGUUACUAUAACUCUUUGCUUGCAUUAUUUGAUAAUGGUGUUGAAGAAGGCUUCAUUAAGCCCAGUGCUCGGAAUAUAGUUGUUUCAGCUUCAUCAGCCAAAGAACUUAUGAUGGAGAUGGAGAGUUACUCUCCUUCCCAUGAGCAUGUAGCCCCUCAUGAGAGCUGGCAGAUGAAGCAAUUAGGUAAUUAUCCAGGACAAGAAAAGACAGAAUGAAACUUUGAUUGGUGGAAGGUUUUUUGUUUUCUGAUGUGACUCUCCAUAGCUUGAAAUGUAUACAAGAAUUGCUGUAGAUGGGGCCAAAUGUUGUUUUGUUACUAUGUGUUGAUUUUACGAAGUGAUGGUAUAUGUGAUGCUUUGCUGUUUUUGCACCA